AUGGCCAAGUCUCGCGCCGAGAACAAGGCCGUUAUCAUCCGACGACUGCGCUCGCGCUUGGACCGCACGACGCGCGGUGCCAGCGCCGAGGCCGACGCGCGACUGCGCGCGCAAGUCGAUUUCUACGCCCGGCUGCGCAGCUCCAUCUUCGUUAACGGCGACUCGCUUGGUAUCACUGCCCUCGACGAUGUGGUCGUGGACGUGUUGGCCGAUGACACGCUGUUGCCCGCGGAGCUCGCGCGCACGGUGGUGCUGUUGCCAGCGCCCACUACGAUGGACACGGAGCCCGCGCCCGCGCACGACCUCUUCGCUUACCUGUUCGACUUGCCGGACACCUGCCCCCGCGACGUUCAGCGAGACGUCGAGAAGCUGGUGAAGGCCGCCGCUAAGCAGGGCAAGUCCCCGCCACGAGCAGCGUACCCCUGGGCCGGGCCGCGCGCCUGGUACGACCCGGAAGAGUUUCCGGAGCUCCACCUGAUGCACUGGCGCUACUACAUGCGCCACCGAGACACGUUCUUCGACUGUGCGCUGUACGCGCCAACGGACAACUCGGACGCUCGCCGCCGUGACAAGCUCAACGCGAACCAAGGCCGCCUCGUGCUGGUGAGUGCGAACGUCUGCCUCUUCGGCUGGUACGGCUUUCUCGACCGUUUCGAGAACACCGUUCACGACAAUCUCAUGUGGCUCGGAGGCAAGGCCGCCAAGCGUUCCGUGUCGGCCAAGGGCAAGGACAGUUCGGCGACGGGCCUCGUCACGCUGUGGCGCCACGAACGUUCCCGCUACGACAGCCUGAUGGCUCACCUCCUGGAUCCGUGCCGCGUCGACGAAGACGGUUACCAGAGCAUCCGUGAGCUGCUGGAGCAGACGGAGGCUUUGGACCCGACUCGUCCCCCGCACCUUCGCCUCGGCGACGAAGCUCUGGCUCGCAUCGCGCUCGACGCGGGCCGCAAGCCUCCCAACCCGGCCUGGAUCGGCAACAAGAGCGGCGGCAUCUGGAAGACGCUGCUGACGAACAGCCGGAUCCGCGCGCUCCAGGUCAAGAUUGCCAAGCAGCUCAAGGAGGGCACGUACAGGGUCGGCAUGGACUUGAAGCCGUUCCCGCACAAGGAGCAGGGCGACAACGACUCGAACUACACCGACGACACGCUCGCCGUGGAGCCGCCGUCUCCACCCGUCGAUGAGGAGCUCGAAGACGUCGAAGAGAACGAGUCCGAGGAGAAGCCGUCCACGCCGAGUCCCACGCAGGCAGACGAGCCUGACGACCAAGAGCAGGACGACGCCGACCAAGAUGACCAAGCCGAAGCCGACGAAGGCGGCCGCAGCUUGGACACCCACGACGCUCCCGAAGACGACAAGAAGAGCAGCUCUGGCGACGACAAGGGCGACGCGUCGGCCAAGAGCAACCCCAAGAAGAAGAGCUCCGACUCUUCGAGCUCCAAGUAG